CGCGUGCUUCAGGUGUAGGUGGACGAGGAUAAUUGCCAAACUUACAAAUUAUUGGUUGUGCUGAUAAACACCUUCAGUUGAAAGCAGAUCACAAUGGUAGACAGCAGUGGCAACGCAGACAGGAAACGGCUUCCACGAAUGGCUGCCACUCUAAUGAUGCGCUUUGUCUCUGAGCGAGAGCCCACCCUUGGCAUCCAGAGGGCCAGCCUCAAACCUCAGUCCCCUGACAGUCAGUUUGAAGAAUCUCUGUGCUCUGGCACUGAGAUGGAGAGUCACUCCACCAGUCCAGAGCUCUGUGACUUGGCUGAUAUUGAGGAAUCUUCUGAUGUGGGGCACCAGACCCCAAAUGUCCUACCUUUGGAGCCUCCUCCCCAAAUGGAAGACCUGGGCUCCGACACUGGGUCCGCUUCUGUAUGGAGCCUGGGUAAUAUAACGGGAGGUGAAAGCACCUUAGAAGGACUGGAGAACACUCUGGAUGGCUCUCUUAGGAGGGACCAGAGGACUGGAGUGAGGUUCACAAACUGGCACAAACAUCGUGUAACAGCGGUGUGUACUGAACGGUUUAACAAGCUGCUCAGGGAAUGCCCAGAGUAUCACAGCACGAAGAGCUGCUUUGCUGGUUUUGUACUGGAGAGAGAGGUUUGUGACACAGGUGGGCAGCGCUGUGAGCAGUAUGAAGUGGUAGCUCUGGGAACAGGUCAGAGGUGCUGUAGUGGUUGGCUUUGUUACACAGGCUCUCUUGUCCAUGACUGCCACGCCAUUGUCAUCGCACGCAGAGCCCUCAAAAGGUACUUGUACAAGCAGCUUCUGCUGUUCUACAGUUCUGAUCUAAAGCAGAAGCAGCACUCCAUACUGGAAAGUCUUCCAUCUGAACGACUGCUUCAGCUCAAACCACGUAUUUACCUUCACCUGUACACUAACAAAACACCCAAAGGAGCAGCUCAGUGCAUACUUUUGAAGUCUCAAGGCAGUGCUUACUCUACUCUGAAACUGCAGUGCCAUUCUAAAGGCUCUCUCAUUUGCGCUCCCUUCCUGCUUCCCAGCGUUUGGGGUGCACGCAUCUGUUGCAUGUCCGAAAGUGCCAAACUCACUCGUUGGACUGUUAUUGGAGUGCAGGGGGCACUACUUAGUCAUUGGAUUAGCCCAGUCUACAUUACCAGUAUUGUACUUGGUGAUUCCAAGCACUGCUCAGAGAAAGUGUCUGAAAUCAUCAACAAGCGCCUGGGCACUGGCUGGAAAGAUGCUCUGCCUCCUCCAUUCAAACAAACUGCAAUCUUCUUCCUUAGUGGAGAGAGGGUUGGGCCUGUUGAGAGCACAGACUACUGCAAAGAACUCAGUGUCAACUGGUGUUUGGGAGACUCCAGUAUUGAGAUUCUGGAUAGCACCACUGGUUAUGCAAUCAACAAUUCUCCAUUUGUAAGCGGUCCUGGAUGCUCUAGCAGAAUUUGUAAAAGAGCUCUGUACUGCUGCUUCAGAAAAGUCUCAGCACUGGCAGGCCAUCAGGACCUUUUGACAUUCACCACAUACCGCAAUGCUAAAAUGGCUGCCCACAUGUAUCAGGAGACCAAGACUUUGGUUAAUCUGCAGUUCUUGGCCAACAACGCUGGACCUUGGAACUCCAAAGAUUUGGUAGAUUGCUUCAGUCGCUAAAUGACAGGUUGAACAACCCUUGAGAUUCACUAAGGUUCCCAGUCAUUUCAACUACAGCCUAAGACUUUAGAUGUUGCUACCUCUCCACUUGACUGUUCACAUAUACUUAAAGAUAGUAAAAGGAAAGUAAAUUUCUGUUCUCGUUUCAGGCAAAGUUCUUCGUUUUUAUCAGACAUGUAUCUAAGGUAGCAUUAAGCAUAUUAGUAAAAUUUUUACUGAAAAUAUUUUUGUUUCAAUAUUUGCAUUGAACAUAAGUGUAUGAGUACUACCAAGUAGUUUGACUUUAAAGUUAUUUUAUCAUUGUUUUGUUUUCUUUUCCUCGAUUUUGUGAUUUGGUGUUUCACACUUUAUGUUGGCUUGACAUACCUACAGUAUGUCUAUAAUGUUACAGUAGUUUUAAGGAGUUGAGUUCCCUCCCAU